GAAAUAAAGACCCAGGGAUUUGUCCAUUCUCUUUAGCGCAUGGCAUUGAAGAGGAAACAUUUCCUAUUUUAACCUGCUGCGCAAACUUCAAAGGCAGGCAGGCAGCCUGGAAGUAGCUCCUGGUCGCAACCCCUUGUGACUUGCUGGGAGAGUGAGUGACUUGCAGCCACAGGCGUGUAACUUAUUCAGGUCGACCGCUCUCUUCCUGACUGGCAGUCUGCCUCCUCUUUUGUGUCGCUUUGGGGGUUUCAUCAAGCUCUCCCUUGAUGUGUUCCUCCUGCAGUUCUGCCGGAGAAUGGCUGCCAGGGUUAGGACUCUCAGCUACAGGUCUGCUGCGCUUUUCACCUAUUCUGUGUUUUUGCUUCUGCGGCGGGUCGAAGCUCACGGCUAUCAGGACAGCAGUGAAGUCCCGGACCGGGACCAAAGCAGAGAAGAGGAUGUGGCGAAGUGGUGGGGAGAAUGGAGCUCUUGGUCGACCUGCAGUCGGAGCUGUGGCGGAGGAGUUAUGUCGCAGGAGAGGCACUGUUUACAACAGCGACGUAUAAUUUCACAAAGUAAAAAUGGUACAUUUUGCACUGGAUCACCACGACGCUAUCACUUGUGCCAAAUCCAGCCCUGUCCAAACAAUGGUGCCAGUUUCAAACAGCAGCAAUGUUCAGCUUUCAAUGCCAAAGCCUUCAGUGGCCGAUAUUAUCAUUGGGUUCCAUUGUAUCCAGAUGACUACAUUAAUAUUUCAAACAAGCCGUGCGAUUUGCAAUGCACCACUACUGAUGGAGAGCGGCAGCUAAUGGUCCCUGCUCAGGAUGGUACCUCUUGCCGGGACAGAACCUAUCAGGGUGUGUGCAUCACUGGACGAUGUGAGCCCAUUGGAUGUGAUGGUCUCCUGUAUUCCUCCAAAAGACUCGAUAAAUGUGGACUGUGCGGUGGGGAUGGCAGCACCUGCUUCCGGAUCUCAGGCACCUACCGACGAGGCAUCACACACUUAGGUUACCUCUUUAUAACAAACAUUCCAGUUGGUGCUUCUGACAUUCAAAUAAUUGAAAGGAGGAAAACAGAAAAUAUUUUAGCUCUCGCAGAUGAAGGGGGCUACUUCUUCUUUAAUGGGAACACUGCAAUUGAUAAUCCUCGGAAUUUCCGAAUAGCGGGAACAGUGUUCAAGUACAGGCGGCCUGCAAACCCACUGUCUGAUGGCUUUGAGUACAUCAUUGCCCAAGGACCUACAAACCAGGGACUGAACGUAAUGUAUUACAACCUCAACGGGAAGAUGCCUCACGUGACGUACGAGUACACGAUCCCGCGGCCACCCGUCCUGAAGUCUGCGCCGCCUGUUCAACGUCCCUUCUACCUCAAUGUCCCCAAAUCCAAGUAUGAAGACAAUGACAACAGCUGGCAUCGAGUCAAGCUCCACUCAGGCCCUAAUGCGCUACAGUCCAACAUGAUCAGUCUAAGUCCGACACCUUGGAAUACAACAAGCACUUUGCACCACCCCCACUUCCACAGUAACUUUAGAAGCAGUUCACAGCAGAGCAGUCUUCGAGAGAUGUGUAGGAAUAGCUCUCUGAACGCUGCUCUGCCUGUCCUGUGUACGGAGAUGCAGGCCAACCUGUCGGCCAGACUCAGGACUGAGAACUUCACCAGCCACUCCAAAACGGGACUCGACAGCCAACAACUGGAGGAGCCAAAGCAGGAGCGCAUUCUUGAACAGCUUCAUACGGGUUCAGAGCCCGGCAUUAACACUGGAGCUGAGGAAAGGUUUAGCUACAGCCUGCUAACUGAUUCACUUUACCCACUGUCCAACUCCACCUCGUUUCACCUUUUGAACUUUGUGAAUAACCACAGAACUGAACAAGUGCAGUCACCGGACACUGAAAGCAAUGAGUUUGAAGACGGGGAGAUUGACCACGACAUCAGUCUGGCCGACAUGUACAGAUGGAAGGUAUCGGCGUACGCACCCUGCAGUUCCACAUGUACCACAGGUGCCUUUGGAAACCCUACAGCCCUUCACUUGUUCAAGUACAGGGCCUUUAAUCGUUCACCCAGUUGGAGGGUGGGAUUGGAGGUGAUGAGAACGAGUAUCAGAAGAAUGGGUUAUUCUGUUGUUAUCUUGCGAUGGUCGCGGCUCAGUUACCUCCACAGCCAACAGAGUCAAAGGUCGGCAGUCCCACCAUAUCCAGCCAAUCAGCUCUGAGAAUAACCAAAACACUGCAGAUGCAGGAAAUCUGGAAUAAAAUCAGGUCAGGCUGCAUCUAUGUGAAGAGAAACAGCCCUGAUGUUUUGGGUCUGAGACCCUUUGUCACGAACUGCAAAAGAGAGGCAGAAAUAAUUUUAAAAUUGGAGAGAAAAUGGCUAGAGGAAUGGAUAGGACAAAGGGAAUAUCUAUGAUAAGGUGGGAUCAAGUCAAAUGGGUUAAUAAAGCAAUUGGAGGAUGAUUGUACUUUAGACUGUGGAGAAGGGACUUUCAGCCCACCGUGCCCACGCCGACCGCGAUCCCCAUAAACUAGCAUUAUCCCACGCACAAGGGAAAGUUUACAAUUUUAUUGAAGCCAAUUAACCGAUAAAUCUGCACAUCUUUGGAGUGUGG